CUCUCUCUCUAUCUCUCUCGUAUCGCAUAUAACUUAAAAUAGCUAUUUUGGAUAAAUUGCUCACCACUCAUUGUCUCGCCAUCUUCAUUUCCUUUGGACUCAACAAACUAGUUCCGCACUUUCUCUACGAAACCCGCUUUGAUCCUUUGAAUUUACUUCCAACUCUUUCUUGCUUUUCUCGGUUUUACGCUUCUCUCGUUCAUGGGUUAGAUUAUUUUUCACUCUUGCCUCGAUUCUUUUAAUGGAGUGGGAUAGUAAUUCGGAUCUCAGCGGGGAUGAGGACGAUGGAUUCAUGCUUAACGAUGAUGAUAGUGGUGUUGGUGGUGGUCCGCUUCCCUUCCCUGUCGAGAAUUUGCUUCAAACUGCGCCCUGUGGGUUCGUUGUCACUGAUGCGCUCGAGCCUGACCAUCCAAUUAUCUAUGUCAACACCGUUUUUGAGAUGGCUACCGGCUAUAGAGCCGAAGAAGUGCUUGGACAUAACUGUCGCUUCUUGCAAUGUAGAGGUCCAUUUGCCAAACGAAGACAUUCAUUAGUAGACUCAACAGUGGUCGCAGAAAUAAGAAGAUGCCUUGAGGAGGGCAUUGAAUUCCAAGGUGAAUUAUUGAACUUCAGAAAAGAUGGAUCUCCUCUAAUGAACAGGUUGCGGCUUACUCCUAUAUAUGGAGAUGAUGAAACUAUAACUCAUGUUAUUGGAAUCCAAUUCUUCACAGAAGCAAAUAUUGAUCUAGGCCCUCUUCCUGGUUCUUCAUUGAAGGAGUCUGCAAAAUCAGCUGAUCGUUUUCGUACUGGUGUUCUUAAUUACCGUCCUAUCCCAGUUGGGGACCGCAGUGUUUGUCGUGGGGUUUGUGGGAUACUGCAAUUGAGUGAUGAGGUACUGUCUCUCAAAAUACUGUCACUUUUGACGCCAAGAGACAUUGCAUCUGUAGGUUCAGUCUGUAGGCGGUUAAAUGCACUGACAAAGAAUGAGGAUCUUUGGAGAAUGGUUUGCCAGAAUGCUUGGGGUUGUGAAACUACUCGUGUUCUAGAGACUGUGCCUGGUGCAAAAAGACUUGGGUGGGGACGCCUUGCAAGAGAAUUAACGACUCUUGAAGCAGCAGCAUGGAGAAAGCUAACUGUUGGAGGUGCAGUUGAACCCUCUAGGUGCAAUUUUAGUGCUUGUGCAGUAGGGAACCGAGUUGUCCUCUUUGGUGGGGAGGGUGUUAAUAUGCAACCAAUGAAUGACACAUUUGUGUUGGAUUUGAACUCUAGCAACCCUGAGUGGCAACAUGUACAAGUGAGCUCCCCUCCUCCUGGGCGGUGGGGUCAUACACUUUCUUGUGUUAACGGAUCACAUUUGGUGGUUUUUGGAGGUUGUGGAAGGCAAGGCUUGCUUAAUGAUGUCUUUGUUUUGGAUUUGGAUGCUAAGCCUCCAACUUGGCGGGAGAUUUCUGGAUUGGCCCCACCUCUCCCACGAUCAUGGCAUAGUUCCUGCACGCUUGAUGGCACCAAGUUGAUAGUCUCUGGUGGGUGUGCAGAUUCUGGAGUACUUCUGAGUGAUACGUUUUUGCUUGAUCUAUCAAUGGAAAAACCUGUUUGGAGGGAAAUACCAGUAGCAUGGACCCCACCUUCUCGGCUGGGUCACACUCUUUCAGUUUAUGGUGGAAGGAAAAUAUUGAUGUUUGGAGGUUUGGCCAAGAGCGGUCCCCUUCGAUUUCGUUCGAGCGAUGUUUUCACUAUGGAUCUAAGCGAGGAGGAACCUUGCUGGAGAUGUGUUACUGGGAGUGGAAUGCCAGGUUCUGGAAACCCUGGGGGUGUGGCUCCUCCACCGAGGCUUGAUCAUGUAGCUGUGAAUCUUCCAGGGGGGAGAAUCCUAAUCUUUGGUGGCUCUGUUGCUGGUCUUCAUUCUGCCUCGCAACUGUACCUCCUGGACCCAACAGAUGAGAAACCUACGUGGAGGAUUCUAAAUGUACCUGGGAGACCCCCGAGAUUUGCUUGGGGACAUAGUACCUGUGUUGUAGGUGGCACAAGGGCUAUAGUCCUCGGUGGUCAAACUGGGGAGGAGUGGAUGCUAAGUGAGCUCCAUGAGCUGUCCUUGGCUAGUUCUGUUAUCUGAUUCAUGAGAAGGGAAAAAAAGAAAUAGGUAUUGGUAAGCUGUGGCAAAGGAAUCACCCGAAGCCUUCAAUUUGAGGAUGUGAGAUAAUUUCUUGGAAACUCAGUUGAGACUCUUGUUUCAGUCGCUAAUGACUCUUGACAAAUGUUGCUUUGGUCAGGACUUUGUAUUAGAUGGUUGUCCGUUAUUGCAUUGUCUUGUACAGGGUUGUUCUGGCUCCAGAUAAACUUUCAUAAGGUGACUUGGAACUCUUUUUUUGAGGUGUGUAUGAGACCUUUCUCUCCCUCCUCUUCCCUUCACCAUGCACAUUGGAUCUUUCUUCCUUGUUAGGCAGUAGUAUUUGAUAGACAGGUAGGUAUUGAUAUAAUGUAGGGUUUAAUUUCAUGCUGUGUUAUUGCUUUUAUGCUUUUUAAUUCAGUUCUGUAAUAAUCACUGCUUGGAAUGUAACUAAACAAAAUUGCAAUGCAUGCUUAUGGUGGUUAUGGACAAUUGAGGUGAUUCCUUUUGCCUCUUUCUUUCAUCAAUGUUGAAUUGAAUCAUUAUAUGAUCA